UCACCCGGCCCGGAACCACCUGACGCGUGAGGCGCGGGAGGCAGCGAAGCUCUCGCAGGCGGAGCGGCCUCGGCGUUGAGUGAGGUGGGGGCUGCAGGGUGAGCUUUCCCUGCGGGUCCCGGUCUCCGCGUAACCGCUCCCGCCUGCUCGCGCUCGCAGUCCUGGGCGCUGCUGGAAAGGAAGAAUGCUGUCAGCAUGUCUGCACACUCCAUGCUCUGUGAACGAAUCGCCAUAGCCAAGGAACUGAUUAAGAGAGCAGAAUCACUUUCUAGAUCAAGAAAAGGUGGUAUAGAAGGUGGUGCAAAGCUAUGCAGCAAAUUGAAAGCAGAAUUAAAAUUCUUACAGAAAGUAGAAGCUGGGAAAGUAGCUAUUAAAGAAUCCCAUUUGCAAAGCACAAAUCUAACACAUCUGAGAGCCAUUGUGGAAUCAGCAGAAAACCUGGAAGAAGUUGUUAGUGUUCUCCAUGUCUUUGGUUACACAGAUACCUUGGGAGAAAAGCAGACCCUUGUAGUGGAUGUAGUUGCAAAUGGUGGUCAUACUUGGGUGAAAGCCAUUGGCCGAAAGGCUGAAGCACUGCACAAUAUCUGGCUGGGCAGGGGCCAGUAUGGGGACAAAAGCAUCAUUGAACAGGCCGAAGACUUCCUCCAGGCCAGUCAUCAACAGCCAGUGCAGUAUAGCAACCCUCACAUCAUCUUUGCAUUUUACAACAGUGUCUCCAGCCCCAUGGCAGAGAAGCUGAAAGAAAUGGGCAUAUCUGUGAGAGGAGACAUAGUAGCAGUCAACUCUCUGUUAGAUCACCCUGAGGAGCUCCAGCUAAGUGAGAGUGAAUCGGAUGACGAGGGCCCAGAACUUUUGCAGGUGACCAGAGUAGACCGGGAAAAUAUACUAGCAAGUGUUGCAUUUCCAACAGAGAUUAAGGUCGAUGUGUGUAAAAGAGUAAAUCUGGACAUUACUACUUUAAUCACGUAUGUAUCUGCCCUCAGCUAUGGAGGCUGCCGCUUUAUCUUCAAAGAAAAAGUGCUCACAGAACAAGCAGAGCAAGAGAGGAAAGAGCAGGUUCUACCUCAGCUGGAGGCGUUUAUGAAGGACAAGGAAUUGUUUGCUUGUGAAUCUGCUGUCAAGGAUUUUCAGUCUAUUCUAGAUACUUUAGGAGGACCUGGGGAGAGAGAGAGGGCUACUAUGCUAAUUAAGCGAAUUAAUGUGGUGCCAGACCAGCCUUCUGAGCGUGCCUUGAGACUAGUGGCCAGUUCAAAAAUUAAUAGCCGUUCAUUAACAAUUUUUGGGACAGGAGACACCCUAAAAGCCAUCACAAUGACUGCCAACAGUGGUUUUGUUAGAGCUGCAAACAACCAAGGUGUUAAGUUUAGUGUGUUUAUCCAUCAGCCUAGAGCACUUACUGAAAGUAAAGAGGCUCUGGCCACCCCCUUACCAAACAACUACACAAAUGUUGACAGUGAUCAAUAAUGGUAUCCUUUAAAUAUUGUCAUUGAAAUAAGUUAUUUAUACCAAAGGCUGGGUCUUCUCAUCUAGAUUGCAGUGGAGGGAGGUCUGUAGUAAAAAGAAUACUUAGAACUCAAACCAGUAAAAAAUUUUUGUGUGUCUCAUCUGUAUUUAAAGUAUAUUAUUGCCUAAAGUAGAAAAAGCACAAGAAACAACCUUAUUUAUCAAACUGUCUACAUUAUAGUAAUUAAGACAGAUCCACCUAUAUAAAGCUUUUAGCUGUCUCGUAAUACUUUUGUUUAAUUCAGUAGGGCUGCAGCUUCCCUACUGGUAAUCACAUUUCAUGGAAUAUGGCCACACUGCAUCUUGCAUUCAUUAAAUAUCUGGAGAAAACUCUGA